GCUGCCCCCAGCCCACUACAACAACAAGCGUCCCUCCAUCCCUGAGCCACACUAGGUAGUUUAGAGGUGUUAUAACUAAGGAUAACAUCACCAGGUGAUAAGCAGCAUUAAUAUACCUGCCAGGGGACGUGCAACUCCAGUUGCAAGAGUUAUUUCCGAACAUCAGGGCUGAUAUAACCCCUUAACCAACAAGAAGUCUAACUCCAAGAACACCCUUCAAGCCUUGCCUGUAGAAGAAACUUCAUGACAACCUAACGUACCAUAAAGAAGAUUGUUCCCAUUGUGUUGUCGACUUUGUUAUUAAUUUGUGCUACAUAGCCUUCCCGGCUUGGUGCCUUCUUUGAUAAUUGUUAAUAAUUUCCGCGAUGACUUGAUAAUUACUAGAGACGAUUUGCUUUAAUGUACUAAGAGCAAGCAUCUUCAUGAUGUAUGUAGACCCAGUACAGGAACUCCAUAGAGCAGCAGAACAGGGAGACAUUGAAUAUGUGAAGUCAGCCCUUGAGGAUGGUGUUGAUAUUGAUUCUCCUGACCAUGACAACAACACAGCUCUUCACAUUGCUUCAGCUAAUGACCAUGAGGUGCUUGUGGCAUUUCUCCUUUCUAAAAAUUCAAAUCGUGAAGCAACAAACAACCUUGGAUGGACUCCGUUAAUGCAAGCAGCAAGACAUGGGCACAUGCAUGUGGUGUUGCUGUUGGUCCAAGCGGGUGCUUCUGUGGAUACGCGAAACAGAUUAGGAAUGACGGCAUUAAUGCUAGCUUCAGUCAGUGGCCACAUGGGUACUAUACGGAUGUUGAUAGAUGCCGGGGCAAACUUUGAUCCUGUACCCUCGAUUAAUACCUGCCAGAUCACUCCUCUUAUGAUUGCUGCUCAACAUGGAAAUGAUGCAGUAGUGCGGCUAUAUUUAGACAAAGGUGUCAAUGCUAACAAGUCAAUUCCAAAAACUGGUAUUACACCACUGAUGUUUAGUGCUUCUGGAGGCAAUGUGUCUACUGCACAAAUUUUACUAGAUCGUGGUGCUGAUCCAAAUGCUCUUAGUGCAUGUGACCUCACUGCUCUAGAUGUUGCUACUUCUUGCAAUAGACCAGACAUUGCUAACUUCCUGCAGAAAAAAACUACUCAGCACAAAAAGAAAGGUGCACUGUGUGACAUAAUGGAUGCUUCACGACGUGGAGAUGUCAAAGCAGUUCAAGAAAUUCUCUUGACAGACCCAAGCCAGUGUCAAGUUCCUACAGCAGAUGGAGCAACACCCUUGAUGGUUGCAGCAAUGCUAGGUCAUGUGCAGGUUGCUCAGGCACUUCUACAAUAUGGAGCUCAUAUUGAUGCUCAGGACCAUAAAAAUGGAUGGACAUCUCUCAUGCAAGCCAUUUAUCACAGGCAGACUGAAAUGGCAAAAUUUUUAAUCCAGUGUGGUGCAGAUAUCAGCAAAGUAUCACAUAAAGGAUACACAGCAUUUGAUUUUGCAAAAGAGAUGCUCGAUAUAGAUGUGAUGCGUAUUUUUGCUGAAGCUCAAAUGAUGUCACUAGGUAUUGGAACACCCUCCCCUACCCCUCAACCAGGUUGGCCUCAACAAACGAGCAAUUAUUCUGCAGACUUUCCUGAUGGUCACUCAAAGCAUGGUCUCAAACAGUGGUGGAACAGGGUGUCUAACAGGUUCCACAAGGUGAAGGGAAUCAAGCCGCAAAGAACUGCUUCUCCAGAGAGAGACAGCCUUAGGGAAAUAAGUUUAGUGCCUCCACUAGCACCUAUGCAGUAUGAUCCUAUCCUUCCUCAGGAGAUAAGAUUGCCACCUAUUAUGGAUUUUGGAGCAGGCAGCAUCCAUGUGACAGAGACUAUGAAGAGUAUGGUCCCUCCUCAUAUUUCCCCUACUGGAGGAAAGCCAGGAUUUGUGUCUAAGGCUAUGCCUCCAGGACGCAAGAUCCUGCCAGGAGGGCCAGUAGAACCACCUCGUCAUGCUACAAACUCCAGACUCCUCAAGUGGAGUAUGGGAAGUGGAGGAUCGUCUCCAGGAUCAUCAUUAUCUGGCCCGAGCCUCCAGUCCUCGGGUGAAUCCAAAUGUCUUGGUUCUAUUCUACAAGCUAAUGGGCCAAAAGGUAAUAAGAACAGUGAUGGGAGCAGGGAAAGGCAUUAUGGAAAACCUGUUGGUGAAAAUGAUGUGCUAGUGUCAUCGUUGGACAGCGAAGGAUCAGGAGGCUCCUCACUAAAGACCGUCACCUCAAAAUCAUCAAAAUCAUCAAAAUCUUCCAGGUCUACUGCUACACUUGUACCCGAUGUGAGUGAGGAAGCUGAUGUUCGCACUGCUUCCUCCGACCUUACGCUAAGUUUAGGUUCUGGUCAGCUUUCAGAAGUACUCCAGAAAUUGGCCCUUAAGCAAUAUCUUGACCUGUUCAUUGACCAGGAAGUGGACUUGGAUGCAUUCUUAGAGCUUUCAGAUACUGAUCUUGAAGAUUUAGGAAUAACGACUGCAUCUGCCAAAAACAAAAUUCUUGGAGCUAUAGCUAGCUUAAAAUCAAAGCUUCAAACAUAAGCAUAUGUUGACAGUAUAAAAUAAUUAGAUUAGAAUGAAAAUGUGUUUGACAUUUUCUUAUGUUUUAUAAUGCACCUGUACAUUUUUAUUUAAAAAUAGUUUAUAUAUUUUAUUUUAAGAAUUAAAACACAAAUAAAUGUUAAUAUGGGUAAUGUUUAUACAAUUUAAUUACAUCAUUUACGUGUAUAAAUAUCAGUGAUAUUAAAUGCCUUUGAAAAUAUCAGAUAUCUUAACCCUUCUGCUGCAGAGAAUGUUUUGGAGUGUUUUCAAAGUUUACGUGGUGUAUGCGGACCAUGCUUGUGGCACUUGAGACAUAGCAACUGUACAUAAACACUGCAAAUGUUUGAUAUGGCAUCAGAGGUCUUUGGAGAUAGAGAGGCUUUGAUUUGAUAAAAUUGGAAACCUUCAGUGCACAUCCGACCUUCACCCCGGCUGACAUGUCAUUUGCCCUGCCUGUCCCCCUUCGCAUAUGAGGUAGGAUACUCAUGCUUAUUUGAUAUUUUUAGUGAUGAUCUAAUUAUUUGUUACGACAUUAGUAGGUGUUCCUGAAUGGAUUUGGGUAAACAGUAGUCAAUAUAAUAACUUACGAGUGGUGGGAAAGACUUAAAUGGCAAAAGUGCCCAUGCGGGAAUGGGUCCCAUGUGGUGGCUUGAGUUACCCCCUAGACAUAUUUACAUGCACAAAACAAAAGUAUAGCAGCUAGAAUUUUGUCUUUAUUUUUAUGUAAUUCUAUGUAUGUUCUACUAUACAGUAUUUUCAUAAAUUGAAUUUUCUCCAUAGUGUGAAUUAAAAAAACUAUAUGGAGCAAAGUUAAUUUGUUGCAUGAAGGAUUUUGUUGAAUCUGUCAGGCUCCAAACAACCCACCAGCCAAAUGUUUUUGUUCUUGAGAGGAACACCUUAGUAAGUCCCCAAUGAUACAACCUGGAAGUAACAAAGCCACGGGGAACAUACCAGGACUCUGUGACCCACAAGUGCCUAUUGGGGGCUAGGACCAGAAUCUGGCCUGCUGAAAGAAGUGAAAAAGGAGUCUUACUCUUUGAAAUCACCAUUGAACCAUGCAAAAUAACCACCACUAAAGUCACAACACUCUAAAACAAUAAAGUGCUUGAAAUAAUUUGUGGCCCAGAUGAAAACAAUACACAUAAUAGUUUCCACACUUAGAUCACCACCUAGAUAUACUUGCUUUCUCUUGAUAAUGGUCCAGGAUGGAUCGAAACAUUGUCUCAUCAUCAUCUUCUGGUGUGUGGUUUGGUCAUCUGAAUCUAGAUGUAUUUCUGUGGCUCCGCCUCUAUCAGCAGAUUGGCCCAGCAACAUGUCUCGCUGGUUCACCCUUCUCCUCUGCUCUAUGCAUCUGAUAUUUCUGAUGUGGGUCUCUUGCCAUUUGUGUGGCAUGCAGCUCUCUGGGAUAUUGGUGCCUCACCUCUCUUUUUGUGGUGGCAGUAUGACAUUGUCUGGCUCUCAUUUUGCCUCUUCUGUUCCUUCACUUUCUCCUUGGUACUCACCUAUUUGUGCUUGCGGGGGUUGAGCUCUGGCUCUUUGGUCCCGCCUCUCAAUUGUCAAUCAACAGGUAAUUACCUAAGUGUAAUUACCUAAGUGUAGUUACAGGAUGAGA